UUAUUUUCAGUGCAAUUUAAUUUUAUUAGCCUAUUAUUGUUUCUUUUCCUGCAAGCUUUCAUUUUUAUUAUUUUCUUUUAAGAAGAGGUAAUUUAUUAAUUUUCCUUCCCACUCUGCGAAACUCAAACCGCAAUCCUGUUCAAAACUGCCAGAAUCCUCUGGGCCUUUUGCGUGUACGGUGACAGAAUGAAUAUUUCUAUACUUGGGUAUGUGUAGGUAACACAGGAGGGGGGGAUUUAAAGCUUUUCGGCUUUUGCUUCCUAUGAUAUUUUUGGUUUUGCUUUCAGCGACAACAGAGGCUGCUUCAUGAAGUGUUCGAGCAUCUGAAUGGGAAGAAGGGAAGCGCGUGCUGUUGGAUUUCAUGAAUGAUUGGUCUUGCUGAAACGAGAAACUUCUGAAGGAUAAAUAGAGUUUUGCAAUUGUUGGCUAUUGGUAAUGAAUUAUAGAUUGGCUGAUUCUAGUGAGGAAGAAUGAGAUCAUUGUAGGUUUUUGCCUUGGUCGAUUUCGACAAAUCCCCUUUGAUCUGAAAUUGCCCAGUAUAUAUUUGGGGAUUGAAGAUUGUCUAUUUUUUCGCAAUUUGGGAAUUUAAGUGGUGAUUAAUUGACUCUUGGAUUUUAUUUGGGUUUGAGUUUCUGCUAUGGAUGAAGCUCAGGUUGGUUCUGGUUCCUUGCCUCCUUUCUUGGCGAAGACUUAUGAGAUGGUGGAGGAUCCUUCCUCGGAUUCGGUAGUUUCUUGGAGCAGCACUAAUAAAAGUUUCGUAGUAUGGGAUCCAACAGAAUUUGCAAGAGAUUUGCUGCCAAGAUUCUUUAAGCAUAAUAACUUCUCUAGUUUCAUCAGGCAGCUGAACACCUAUGGUUUUAGAAAAAUUGACCCAGAACGUUGGGAAUUUGCGAAUGAUGAUUUUAUAAGGGGUCAACCACAUCUUUUGAAGGGUAUCCAUAGGCGAAAACCAGUUCAUAGUCAUUCUAUACAGAAUCAGCAGGGACAUGGAGCUUCGCCAUUAUCGGAAUCUGAAAGGCAGAAUUUGAAAGAUGAAAUAAGGAGGCUUAGACAAGAUAAAGAAGUACUUGCUUUUGAUUUACAGAGACAUGAACAGGAAUGGAAAACAUGUGAGAUACAAAUACAUUGCUCAAGCAGCCGUUUGGAAAAGUUGGAACAGAAACAACAAAAGAUGGUUUCUUCACUUUCUCAAGCGUUGCAGAAACCUGGGUUUGCUUUAGAUCUCUGGUCAAUUUCAGAAUCCCCGGAUAGAAAACGAAGGUUGCCAAGAGGCGUGUCCUUUUGUGAUGAGGCUAGCAUUGAAGAUCCUAUGGAGACUUCCCAAAUGUUACCUAGAGAAAUCUCCAUACUGACAUCAAACCUGGAGAGAUUGAAUCUGCUGGAAUCAUCUGUAUUAUUCUGGGAGAACAUUGCAGAUGAUUUUGGUGAUAGCUUUGUUCAAAGUUCUUCAAACUUGGACUUUGAUGAGUCAACAAGUUGUCCUGAUAGUCCCUCCAUAUCCUGUGUGCAACUAGAUAUUGAAAUUCAACCAAAGUCAUCUGGAAUUGACAUGAAUGCUGAGCCUGCUGCAUCUGCUGUUCCUGAGACUGUUGCAUCAAAAGAACAAGUAGUGGAAACCACCACUGUGGCCACUGGUGUUAAUGAUGUCUUCUGGGAACAGUUCUUGACAGAGAAUCCUGGUUCAUCAGAGACACAAGAGGUGCAGAUGGAAAUGAAGGAUUCCGAUGCCCGAAAGAAUGAAGGAAAAUCUGGCGAACUAAAUAAAUUUUGGUGGAAUGUGCGGAGUGUAAAUAAUCUUCCAGAACAGAUUGGGCAUCUUAGUCAAGUAGAGAAAACUUAAUUGCAGUUGAUUAUCAUCCAGCUUGUGAUGCCCAACAAAAAACUCUAGGUUUUAGACUUUGAUUGAAUAUAAAAAUUGGUGGCAAAUUGGGUACUGCGUCAGAAUCUGGUUAGGCUUGUCACUUCUGGAUGAGAGGACAAUUUGAGUUGCAAACUGCAAGCUUUAAUGCCAGUCAUGUAAAGCCGAUACUGAAAGCUUUCCAUCUCUGUCAUUUGGGAACUGUACUUGCACUGAUGUCGGAUGGUUGUUUGUGGAUUGGAGUUCCUCUGCACCUUGAUGGAAACACAAGGUGAAUAUGUUGAGAUGGAAAGUUGGAUACAGGCCACACCUUAAACACUGAAGAAUCUGCAUUGUGUAGGGUCCAAUGAAUUUGAAGCAUCGAUGCUUUGCGAAAGUGAGUGAUGAAGCACAAUGACAUUGUGUGAUGCAUGUAAGCUGACCUCACUUGGCGAAAUAAUGUUGCGUAUUGUCGUUGAUGCUGCUGCUCUGUGGAAUGAAGACGACAGGUUCAGACCUCGCAGAUAUCUCAGUUCUGUUGGGAUAUAAUUUUAUCAAAGCAUUGCAUCGGCUGAAACUAUGAAAGAGAUGGAUCUGAUCUGAAAUGAUGGUUAGAAUGCGGAUGUAACUGAGACUAGUUCCAGUUAUUCAUGGAAGGGAUUGAGAUGUUGCACACACUCAUCAGUUGCUCUUGUUUAAUCCUCUGUAAAAAUGACUCUUAGAAUAUAAGAUUUUCUGAAAAUUAUAUAGUAUUCAUUUCCUCUUUAUCAGUUUCUCUGUUAUUGGUACGUGACAUUUCCUCAUAUGGCCUCUUGGCCAAAACUCGCCAUAUUGUUUUCUUUUUGGCGUGGGGCAUCCGAUGUCUCGGGCAUGCCUCACGAUGUGUCUAGAUUAAUCUAAAUCAAGUUCAUUUGGGAUC